UAAAAUCUUGGGCACUGUUCCACAUAGUCAACAGCAGGUAGUGCUAUUUCACCCUUUCAUACAAAAAAACCCCAUUGAAAAUCCUUUGAGAGGGCUACAGGGGUCAUUGAUUCCAAGAUGGCUGAUGGAGACAAAAAGAGAUCAGGCACCUUAGCUAUCCCAGCGUCUACCUUCUAUAAAAAGAAUCCACUGAAGUCUUGUUGCUGUGCCUUACCCAAUUGUGGACCAUGAUGGAGCAAAGGAGAGCCCUAACUAUUCCAUUUACUGUUGACAAGGAUAACCUGAUGGAAAAUCCACUCAGAAUCCCCAUGACAUGUCUUUCAUCAGAGUGUGGCAAAUUAGAAAGACAGGUUUCCUGGACUGCGUUUGCAGAUUGCAAAUUCAGACGUCGGAAGCCACCGCAUAAAAAUGGAUCCACGAAGUUUGAGCCCAGCCACACAGCUAUGAUAACAUUGGAAAUGGCCAGGAGGAAGCCUCUUCUGAUCCUAACAGAUGUCCUCAAGACAGAAUUCGGUAAGGAGUAUAUGGAAAGGAUACGAAAGUCUCAUAGCAUGAACAACAAAGGACAAACGCCAAAUAGGCGUAGGGAGAGCAGUCGGUGCAGAGAGGAACCUCCGACCUACAGAGACACUAGAUCCAAUCAGAAGGAGGCCGGGAACAAUAGCAGCAAGAGUGUGACACCUAAGUGCAACCAGAGGACCACCCCUCAAACCUCCCAAAGGUUAAGCCUCAGGAGAAGACCACCAAAUGCUGACGAUAAACAGGACAAAGAAGAAGGCAAAGAUAUUGAGGAGGUGAUAAUAAGCAAGGACAACACAGAAGAUGACAAAUUUGCUGAAGUUGUUGACUGUGGGUUGUCUUUGAGCUGGGAGCCUGCUGAGGAUAUAGCAUCCUGUGACAGCAGCAUCAAGGAAAAGUGGACUGAGUCAGAAAAAGAUGUGCAGCCUAUUUUGAAGAGGAAAAGAAAGGAUUCAGGGUUCCAGUGCAAUGGAACAGGAAGCCCCAAACGCCACCGCGAGAGCGUUCUUCGCCUCACGGGAGAAAACGGAGGAGACGGAGGAGCAGCCUCUGCACAUGUUUGUCACGUGGACAGUACAGAGGAUGGCGGUUUGGAGAGCCUGGACCGUUGCAUUGUACGGUUCACAGUGGGUGAAGACAAUGAAACAGAAGUUCUUGUGCCUGAUUUGGAAGCUGGAGACUUUAUUGGCAGCCCAAGACAAAGAUUAUCAUUCACACAGGACAACGGGAAUCAGAUCAGCCCCUCUGAGCCCAUUGUGCUGUCCAGUGACGAUGAGGAGGGUGGAGACGUUUCUCAGGGCUGCAGCCAAGUCCGCACACUGGUCGCUGUGGAAGACACAGUAAUAAAGGGACAGUCCUCACAGGAAGCUGAGGCCAAACAGGAAGUCACUCCUGACAUGCAGGUACUGCAGUUAGUUGUUGAAGACCCUACUCGUUCAGUGACUGCAUCUCCCAGGCUUGACGUAGACUAUUCCUGCAUGGAGAUGGCUUUCUCCAGCCUGCACUGUGGCGUUUAUCACGGGAAAGCGAAUGGAGUCAUUGCGAUAGAUGAGAACAAAAUCAGCAUCCCAUUGAAAGACACCAGUGAGGAGCUGGAGGUGAAGUUGACCUUUGAGUGUAAGGAGCUGAGAAGGUACAGUGUUUGGGAGCAGCAUGAACUGGAGGAACGGCAGCUGUGUUUUAAGGGCGAUGAGGAGCCCACCCCUGCUGCUGUGCUGCUAUUCUGCGUGUCAGAAACUGCUGCAGCUGCGAUACAGCAGGACCUCUGCCUGCUGUCUGCCAAGAAAGAUGGAGCCACUAACACCGGGAUGACCAGCCCUUUCAUUCUGCUGACUCUGAGAGAACCUCUGGAGGGAAUGGAGGGAGCUUUAUUGCGCUCUCUCCUGGACAUUGUCUGUCUCAAGACUCUGGCAAAUGAACAAAGCAAUUUAAGCUGUAGUAAAGACAGAUUUAAUGGUUUGGGAGACAUUCUGUCUCCUGUUCUUUCUCUGGAUGAUAGCAUCGAGUUGAUUAGAAGAACUGGACUAGACUCUUUCCUGCUCUCCAUGCUGGGUGUGAAAAACACGGACACUGAACCUGAAGAAGACAAAAACCCCACCGCAGUUGAGAAAGAGUCAGUGUUGGAUACAGAGGUUGCACCAGAGCCUGACACAGGGACAUCCUCGCCCAAACCAAAGGUGGAUCAUGAAGAACAAGAGAUUGAACAUCCCUCUGAUAAGGAGAAAGAGGAACCGACCCCUGUGUACACAGUGUGCCAUCGUAGAACCAAAGGAUCCUACUCUGUGUCACUGUGUAAACCAGACUCCAACUGGACUAAAUAUAAACAUCAGGGUCUGGCUCGCAGGUUGAUCCAGUUUCCUCCUCCACCACUGAAAGGAGGAAUCACUGUUACCAUGGAGGACCUGCAGUGCCUUGACAGUGGGCAGUACCUUAAUGAUGUUAUCAUUGAUUUUUACCUCAAAUACCUCCUCCAGAAUGCGUCUGCUGCAGUGGCCGAGCGCUCUCACAUCUUUAGCAGCUUCUUCUACAAACAGCUGACACGGCGGGAUAACGCCAGCGAAGGUGGCAACAGUGACUCCUGUCAGAGACAGCGGCGGCACCAGCGGGUAAAGACAUGGACGCGGCAUGUUGACAUCUUCAAAAAGGACUUCUUGUUUGUGCCCGUCAACCAGGAAGCUCACUGGUAUUUAGUUGUCAUUUGCUUUCCUGGACUGGAUGAGCCUAAACUUGAAGACUGGACUAGUCCAAACUCACAGGCGGGAAAGAGCAACGAUGGGACGGGGGAGUCAGAGAGUCAAGAUCAGGCCCAAGGAAGAGAAAGUCCAAAUAAUGAUGCAGAGAGAUCACCCAUGCGCAGUGACAAUAUGGACACACAGACUGAAAAUGCUCAAGAAGAAUUAGCAAAAGACCCACCACCUAAUCCAGUAAAUUGUACAGAGCUGACGUGCCAGAAGAAGACAGUUUGCAAAAGACCAUGUAUUCUUAUCAUGGAUUCCCUUAAACUUUCCCUUCAUGAACGAGUCUUCAAACUAUUACGGGAAUACUUACAGUCAGAGUGGGAGGUCCGACGUGGGUCACCGAGGGACUUUGGUCCUGAUCAGAUGAAAAGCUCGCACUGUCACGUUCCCCUUCAGGAUAACAGCAGUGACUGUGGCCUCUACCUGCUUCAAUACGUUGAGUGCUUUCUGAAGGACCCUGUGGUGCACUUUGACCUCCCUCUAUACCUAGAACGAUGGUUUCCACGGCAGCAGGUGUGGAGGAAACGAGAUGAAAUCAGAGAUCUCAUACUUAACCUUUACCGACAUCAGAACCCAGAACCCAGAAGAGACACGCGAAGCAGCUCAGUUGCUGAGCACGUCACAUUCCUGUAGCCGUUAUAAAUCACUGCUCAUACUGAGCGACUUUCAUUUCAGUGUGAACUGAAAAUAUUUCUUUUAUGCAUUAACUUGGAAAGGUAAACCUUUGAGUAGUGAAUAUAAAAGCAUUGGCUACUUUAAAAUAAAGAGCAGAGAGACUUAGAAGUAUCUAUACAUGCAAAUGUUUGCUCACCCCGAGACUUUUUACUGUUUGUUUUUAUGCUGAUACGUAUUUUAUAAAGAAACAUUUGUAUUUAAUUUUCUAUAUAGUAUGCCCAAGAAGAUAUUGUUUGAAAGUAUAGUUUGCACAGUGACAUUAAAAAAAAAAAAAAAAAAAGAUCUGUCUUUUUAUUAGGAUCCCCCUGAGCACCAGCCUAAUCCUUGGUUUCUUUUAAGCUAUUUUAGUUUGAAGUCAGCUUGCUGGUAUUUGGUAGAUAUUUCAUGUGUUAUGCAAUUGAUAGUUUAGUUCAGAUCUCAGUUUUAUGUUUUCUAAGUAGUCCUGAACUUGCCUUCUUUUGCAUCAAGUUUUACUAGAUGCAAUUUGCUUUACACAAAAUUCAAGAAGUGCUGUCUCGGUAUUUAAUAGAAAGCAGUUUUGUUAGUGAAUGUCAUUAUUAUGUGAUUGAAACCACAGGACUAUGCCUCAGUUACAGACAGACCUGGCAGUCACUUCCUCUUUGUAAUAAAGCCGGUAAACCAGCAUUUAUCUGUGACUCUCUGUAAGAGCUCGACCGGUAAAGGAUUUUUAAGGCCAGUACUGAUAUUUGAUUUAAAAACUCUGAUAGGUCGAUAUAUCAGACAAUAUGUUUUUCUUUCCGAUUGAAGCAUAAAGGUUUGGUAUGUGUAGGUAUUUAUUUACUUGUUUACGCUCUGUCCUAUGCUGCUUAGAUCAGCAGGGAAGUUGCAGAGUGCUCUCUAGUGGACAAAUUACACAAUGUCAACACUUGUGUCAUGGUUAAAAGAGCCUUCACCUGUCUCAUCUUUUCAUGUUUUCGUUUAUUGUCUGUUAUAAAUGGCGACGCGAUAUAUCGGCAAAUAGUGAAUAUCAGCCGAUAACAUCGUCCUGCUGAUAAAUCGGUCGGGCUCUGUUAUCAACAGUCAGCUGAUGACAGCUUUACCUGCACAAAUUGGCAGAACCAUCUGUUUAACAGUCAGUGCAGCCUACUGUAUACAUCACUUUGCUUUUAGAAUGUCAUAAUACAGUGUCUGGAAAUGUUAAUCACAGCCUGUUUGUUAAUGUGAUGUCUGACCCUGAAUAUGGGUUCCCUAUUGUGUUGUCAAAACUACGUAUUCAAUUUCAGGGUGGUUCACUGUUAGCACUGUUAUCCUGCCUGGGUUUGAAUAUUGCAAAAUGGAUUGUUCAUCUUAUGAGUUUCAAGUCCUGGUUAAUGGUUAAAUAAGGUCCAUAAUAGUUUUAAGAUAACUUUAUGAAUUUGUUUAACAUGAAUACAACUUGCAAAAAAGUUUAGGGGUGCACACACACUGGCAUGUGUAAUGAAUGAAGAGCUGCUUAAGACCUCUGCAUUACUGUUGUCUAAAUUCUCUAGGUUUGCCAUUCAUUUUUUUUUUCUCUCUUCUAACACCUUAUAUUGUUGUCAGUGGGAUUUUUUUUUUAUAAGUUGUGUCAGAUGAAUGUAUAGAAGCUAAUUCCAAAAUACAUUUAGUUUCAUUUGUGUAUUAAAACUUGUAGAACAAAUUA